ACUCACUAGGUCGUGUAUCAGCGGUCUUUUUGUAAUUCAAUCUUCGUGCUCUUCCUUCCCUGCUGCUCACAGUUGGUUGGUCAACAAAGGAAGCAACCUUCCUGGAUGCAAUAAUCUCAUAAAUUUUCAUCUUUUUUUUUCCUAACAGGAAUUUUGUGAUGGAAAAAUGUCUGUAGCUCAUCGCACAGACAAGAAUGGGGAUCAAGGUGUUGGAGUAAUGCAGCUGUUUCAGCUUCCUCUUCAGGUUUCUGGAUCGUCGAGUUGUGGGGUUUAGGUAUGGAUGCCACACUUCCUUUGGCUCUGAGGUUGUGGGUUUUGGGGGUCUCAGUGGUUUUCAUACUGCCCGCCACAUGCUCGAUGAAAUAUGUGAGUGAACAAACCUUGGAUGCAACCACAGAAGACCCUUACACACCGUAUGACUAUGCCCGAUUCCCCGAGGUCGAGAAACAUUGUAGCUCUUUCCUCUCAUCUGCUCACAAUUUGGAAUUUGAUUUCAAUAGGGCCAACAACCUCAAAAAGGAGCUAUCCUUUGUCGGGGGAGACUGGAUUCAGGUCUCCGGUGAUGCUCCUCUUAUGCCAUUUGACCCAAGUGAUGCUCCACUUGGUGCUUCUGAUCUUCCUAAUCCCUUGUAUCUUGUUUCGUUCUCGAUGAAACAUGUUGAUCCGCUAGGCAAUUCCCAUAGUUCUCUCAAAGUCAGCGGAGCUUUAGGUCUAGGAAUUUCUAGAAAUGGCACUGCUCCAGAAAGUGUUCUGUACCAAUUCCCGGAGUUCCGGUUUUGGCCCGGGAGUUCUGAGUUCAGAAUUCAAUUUGAAGGUGUUUACAUUGAGUUAGAGAAGAAUGGUGGAGAGAGGGUCUUGUGUCUUUUGGGAAAUGCUUUGCUCCCUUCUCGUGAUACUGAUUCCUCUCACCCAUGGGAAUGGGUGAAAGAUGCAAGUUCGACCAAGUAUCAACAUCCUCACUUGCAAGAUGACCAAAUUUUGCUUGUUCUUCACUACCCCAAGGUGUUCACCUUGACAACUAGAGCUGUCCGUGGUGAAAUGAAGAGCUUGAAUAGACCUCUAAGCCCCAGGUAUUUUGAUGAAAUUCAGUUGUCUUCCAGGCUUGGACCCUACUCAAAUUAUGAGUAUGGUUCAGAAGAUCUUGUUUCAAAGGCCUGUGCUCCAUACCCUUCUGGAGAUGACAUAGUGCAUAACCAGUUGGAGGUCUACAAGGGAGCUGGUUUUUGUGGCAUUCUUUAUCGAUUUGCCUCUAGAGAGUUACUCAACAUUGUGCCAAACUGGAACUGUAACUCCACUGAUGAAUAUUGCCGUAAGCUGGGACCUUUUGUAACGGAGAUGGCAAUCAAUGCCACAGAUGGUGGUUUUGCUAAUGUUGGCCUGAUGAUGCAAGAUAUCAGGUGCGAACCAAGAAUUGACAAGAAUAACAUGAGUCUCGCAAGAGUGUUUACAGUAUUUAGAGCUAUUCCUCCAUGGGAGGAUCAUUACAUGGUAGCACCAAGAACAGGCCUGAAUGGUCUGACUCUUUCAGCUGAGGGAAUAUGGAAUUCUUCUGCUGGACAACUCUGCAUGGUUGGUUGUCUAGGGCUUGACAAUGAAAAAUGUCAAUCUCGCAUUUGCUUAUAUGUCCCCACAUCCUUCUCUAUCAGUCGACGCAACAUCAUUUACGGCAGAAUAUCUAGCAUUGAAGAUAAUAAGGAUUUCUCGCACUUUCCCUUGACAUUUGAAAACCCUGUGCACCCCUCGGAACUACGAAAUAAAAUGAACAGAAAUCCAUUUAUUACAUACAUGUACUCGAAGAUCAAGGUAGCUGGUGCUUUCCUUGAGAGAAGUGAACCCUUCGACUUCGGUAACAUCGUUAAAAAGUCACUCCUAAGCUACCCAAGAAAGGGGAAUGAUGGUGAUGAUGACAUGGCAAAUCUUUCCAAUCUUGCUGAUGCUCUCACUCUCCAUGUGCCAGUUGUGCCAGAUCCAAUACCUGACGUUCACAAAGAGAAGCCAUUCCUUCAGAUGGAAGUGUUGUCUAUUGGAUCACUAUUAUUCGGUCAAUAUUGGACGCUUUCAAAUGCAUCAAUUGCAAGUAACCAGAGUAUCCCACCUUCCAAAGAAGAUUCCACUGAGAAACAACUGCUUUUAAAUGUUUCUGCCGAGCUCAUACUUUAUGGAAACCUUUACACCAAUGUUUCGUUGCUCUACUUGGAGGGCCUUUAUAAUCCUAUUGAUGGAAGAAUGUAUCUCAUAGGCUGCCGGGAUGUGCGUGCUUCGUGGAAUAUACUUUUCGAUAGCAUGGACCUUGAAGACGGAUUAGAUUGUUUGAUUGAAGUAAAAGUGGAGUACCCACCAACAACUGCACGGUGGCUGAUCAAUCCAACAGCAAAGUUCUCCAUCACUAGUCAAAGAAAUGAUGAUGACCCGCUACAUUUUGACCCGCUCAAUCUCCAAACACUUCCAAUUUUCUACAAAGAACAAAAGGAGGACAUUCUUUCUAGGAGAGAUGUUGAAGGGAUUCUACGAAUCAUCACCUUAUCAUUAGCUAUCUUGUUUAUUUUGAGUCAAUUGUUUUACAUCCGAGACAAUGGUGUUGUUGUUCCCUACAUAUCUCUUGUCAUGCUUGGUGUCCAGGCUUUAGGCUACAUCAUUCCUCUGAUUACAGGAGCUGAAGCAUUAUAUGCAAGAAUCACAUCUGAAUCUUACGAGAACCCCUCAUAUGAAUUCAAGGAGAAUCAACGGUUCCAAUUCAUAGACUACAUGGUGAAAAUUCUUGUCUUGGGUGCCUUCUUGUUAACUCUAAGGCUCGGUCAAAAGGUGGUGAAAUCUCGCAUAAGAUUACUUACAAGAACUCCACUGGAGCCAGGACGAGUCCCAAGUGAUAAAAGGAUACUUCUGAUAAGUUUUAGCAUCCACAUGGUUGGUUUUCUGGGAAUUCUUAUCAUGCAUUUUGUCAACGUUUCUCGAAGACCUGUUCACCAGACUACAUACUUGGAUCCAAGCGGGAAUAACCAUAAACUGAAUGAAUGGGAAAUGCUGCUGGAGGAAUACAUUGGUCUUCUUCAAGAUUUCUUCUUGCUUCCCCAGAUCAUUGGAAACUGUCUGUGGCAAAUUAGUUGCAUGCCAUUGAAGAAAACCUAUUAUAUUGGAAUAACAAUGGUAAGGCUACUUCCGCAUGUCUAUGAUUUCGUAAGAGCUCCAGUGUUCAACCCAUACUUCUCUGAUCAGUAUGAAUUUGUGGAUCCAAACUUAGACUUCUUUUCAAAGUUUGGAGAUAUUUUUAUUCCAGUCACUGCAGUUGUUUUUGUUAUUGUGAUAUACAUUCAACAGAGGUGGAAUUACGACAAAUUGAGUCAGGUACUGAGAUCAGGUCAGAAUAGACUCCUUCCAUCUGGUUCCAGAGUCUAUGACAGAUUGCCGUCAAUGUCAUUCGAAGCAGAACUUGUCGCUGGUGUCAAUGAAACUGAAAUUGAAAAAAUUCCAAGCGAGGAGGAAGCAUGAUCACCAUGGGGAAAAAGCUCCAUGGUUCAUCACCAUUUAGGUUCUAAUUUAAUGUUUGCUGAAUGAGUAUAAAAUCUUUUUUUUUUUCGUUUUUAGCAUAGAACUCUUUUUCGAACUGCAUUAAUGUAAACUCUACCAAAGGUGUUUCCAUCAGUUGGCUAAUUAUCAUCUUAACGCUUUGGGUUC